GAUGCCCAAGACAGACCUAGUGAAGCAUCUGGGCUUGAGCCGGCAGCACCUCAGCUACCUGCAGGAGAUCGGGAACGGCUGGUUUGGGAAGGUGAUCCUGGGGGAGGUCUUCUCAGACUUCACCCCAGCCCAGGUGGUGGUGAAGGAGCUCCGGGUCAGCGCCGGACCCCUGGAGCAGAGGAAGUUCCUGUCGGAGGCUCAGCCCUAUCGAAGCCUUCAGCACCCCAACAUCCUGCAGUGUCUGGGGCUGUGCACGGAGACCAUCCCCUUCCUGCUCAUCAUGGAGUUCUGCCAGCUGGGCGACUUGAAGCGCUACCUACGAGCCCAGUGCCAGGCAGACGGGCUGACCCCCGACCUGCUGACCCGCGACCUCGGCACGCUGCAGCGCAUGGCCUAUGAGCUCACCCUCGGGCUGCUGCACCUGCACAAGAACAACUACAUCCACAGCGACCUGGCCCUGCGGAAUUGUCUGCUGACCUCCGACCUCACCGUCCGUGUCGGUGACUAUGGCCUCUCGCACAACAACUACAAGGAGGAUUAUUACAUCACCCCCGACCGGCUGUGGAUACCGCUGCGCUGGGUGGCGCCGGAGCUGCUGGACGAAGUUCACGGGACGCUCGUGGUGGUGGAUCAGAGCAAGGAGAGCAACGUCUGGUCCCUGGGGGUGACGAUGUGGGAGCUGUUUGAAUUCGGCAGCCAGCCCUACCGGCACCUGUCGGACGAGGAGGUUCUCGCCUUCGUCAUCAAAGAGCAGCAGAUGAAGCUGGCCAAGCCGCGCCUGAAGCUGCCUUACUCUGACUACUGGUACGAGGUGAUGCAGUCAUGCUGGCUGCCGGCGCCACAGCGCCCCACACUGGAGGAGCUGCACCUGCAGCUGACCUACCUGCUGACGGAGCGCUGCCACGCGCAGGCGGAGGAAAGUUUUGAGUGGCGCUGGAACGCCCUGAAGCCCAAGCGCUCGCCGGCCGCCUCCCCCCCACACCGGCGCCGCUCGGAGGAGAUCUCGGCUUACCCGCUGCUGGAUGGCUUCCAGGGGGCCGAUCUGGACGACGUCCUCACUGUCACCGAGAGCAGCCGGGGGCUCAACUUCGAGUACAUGUGGGAGAAGGCCCGGCUGGGGCGCUGGAAGGCCGGCCCGGCCCCCGGGGCCACCCCCUCCAGCAACGGCGGCCUGGCCGUGCCUGGCGCCAACCCCUUCUACGAGGCGCCAGCACGGCAGAGCCUGGAGACGCCCAGCGUGGUCCCAGUGAUUAGCGCCCGCAGCCCCUCGGUCAGCAGCGAGUACUACAUCCGGCUGGAGGAGCACGGCGAGGGGGAAGGGCCCGAGGGCACCGUCGGCACCCCCAGCCCCGUCUACGAGCGCCAAUACGGGGUGCCCGGCUCCCCGCCGGAGCCCCUCUUCCCUUCCGACUGGGACCCCAUCGAAGAGGUCCGGGGCAGCCCCCCGCCCCCGGCCCACCACCACCUCCCCCACCUCCUGCCGGAGGGGCCGGCCAGCUGGGCCCCUGGUGCCACCAACCCCUUCAUCUCGGUGUCUCGGGAGCCGGCCCGGCGCAGCGCCAACCCCUUCCGGGCUGAGAUCCAGGAGACCUCGCUGACGGAUCCAGCGCCGGGGGGCAUCUUCCUGGGGGAGUCCCUGCUCCACGUGUACCAGGAGCUGGAGGAACAGCAGCGUGGCUGGGACUGCGAGGGGCUGGAGGAGCGGGGGGCCGGGGAGACGCUGGCGGGGGACCCCUCGGAGUUCCGCCCCUCGCCCCCCUGGGACCGGGAGCCCUCCCUGAUGGAGGAGCAGAGCUCGGCCGGCAGCACGGACGGGGAGGACGCCAGCAGCGGCGGGGACGGGCGCCGCAACCCCCUGCUCUGCCCGCUCUGCAGCCGGGGCGGGCGCUGCCGCUGCGCCCCGGGCCGGGGGGAGGUUGUGAGUGGCUGGAGCAACCACGCCCCCAUCCCCCGGCCCCACCGCGACAGCUACGGCACCGAGGACGACUCCUCCCUCAAGGUGGAGCGGGGCUCCCUGUCCGACUGCCCCAUCCUGUUGGGAGAGGGCCCCGCCGGGGCUGGAGAGGGCGGGGCCGGGCCGCUUGCCCCACCCCCUUUGGCCGGGGUGCCGCCCCCUCCCUCGGCGUUCUACGACCCACUGAUGGGCACGGCCGUGGUGAGCUACGAACUCCAGGACUACCCCAAGCGGGGGGUGGCCGGGAGGCCGCCGGGCUCGCCCUUCCCCGGCCUGACCGCCGCCUGCUGCAGCGUCAUCGUGCCGGUGGAGAUCCCGCCCCUGGCCACGCUGGCGGAGAGCGCCGACGAGGAGACCAUCGCCAUCGUGCCCGAGGCCGCAGACGGCUUCGCGGCCAGGCUGGAGAUUGGCCCAGCCCCAGUGGGCCGGCGGAGGGGCCCGCUGGACUCCGGGGACUCGCUGGAUCUCCCCUCCAACACCAGCUCCUCCGAGGGCUGCAGCCCAGCCUCCCGCUUCUCCUCGCCGGGCCAGAAGUUCCCCGACAGCGGCUACGAGACGGAGAGCACCUUCUCCCCGGAGCUCCUCGUCCGGGAGCCCGAGGAGGAAGAGGACGGGGAGCCGCCCGGGCAAGGAGAUGCCGCCCAGCUGCCCCCCACGCCCAUCUCGGAGUCCACCAGCGACCUGACACUGUCGGAGGAGACGCCGGGGGCCGAGGAGGAAGCGGGCACAGGGCGGGGGUUGGCCACGACCCACCGGGACUCGGCCUAUUUUUCGGACGGCGAGGCGGAGGGGGGCCGGGGGGAGGAGGAGGAGCCGGCGGCGGGGCAAGGCGGGGGGCAGCCAGCGCCGGCCAAGUUGGAGGCCGGCUUCGUGGUGCAGGUGUCCAAGGAGCAGCUGCUGGUGUCGCUGCGGGAGAACAUCACCCGCAACCUGCUCUGCAACCACCGGGACCUGGGGACCCUGGCGUCCGGGGCCCCAGCUGCCAAGGAGGAGGCCGUGAUCCGGCUCUGGGCCCUGGAGCCCGAGGGGGCCCGGGGCUCUGGAGACGAGCAGGAAGGGGGCGGCGGGGAGGUGGCAGAUGGGCCGCCCCAGGAAGAGGAGGAGGGGGCAGAGAGCGAGGAAGGGCAGCUGGACGGCCAGGGGGUGCCGGAGCCGAGCGGGGAGGCCCCUGUCCCCAGCCCCGAGGGGGCCAACCCAGCCUCUGAGCAGCCGCAGCCCCACCUGGACUUCAGCACGGCAGGGAGCCCAGGCAGUGAGGACAUCAAAGCCAAGGUCUCGCGCCUGUCGCUGGCGCUGCCCCCGCUGAGCCUGCAGCCCUUCGCCGGCCCGGGGGGGCGGAAGGGCUGUGGGGGGCUGGCGCCGGAGGAGGAGGGGGCCGGGCGGGGGGCGCCGGGGCCGGGCGAGGAGGAGGAGGAUGAGGAGGCACCGGGUGUCGGGGGCGUCCCCAUUGUGGUCAGCGACUCGGAUGAUGGGCGCAACCUGCGCGGGCUGCUCAAGUCCCCGCGCUCGGCCGAGGAGGCUGCCGAGCUGGACCGGAAACGCAAGAUGGUGUCCUUCUUCGACGACGUUACCGUCUACCUCUUCGACCAGGAGACGCCCACCAACGAGCUGAGCUCGCAGAGCGGCCCAGAGGGCGAGGGCGGCACCACCCAGGGCCCCGCGGGGCAGCCUGCCCUCGAGGCCUUCCCACCCGCCGACGGAUUCAGUGGCAGCUUCGAAUGGGACGACGACUUCCCACUGAUGGCCCAGAACCCGUCCUUUGUCUCAAUGGUGACGGACCCCAGCUCGGGGGCCCCCCCAACGCCGCCCCCCGCGCUGCUCCCGGCCAAGGGGGCGGAGCCCAGCCUGAUGGACGCCCUGCGCUUCUCCCGCUUCACCGUCUCUCCCGCCCUCGAGCCCCACCUGGCCCCCCGCGAGACCGAGCUGGUGCCCACAGCCAACCCCAUUGAGAACUGAGGCGGGGACCUGCCCCCAGCAAUCAGGAACUCCAUGGGAUGGCGCUGGGCCAUUGCCCCCCCCCCGCACCCUCACCCCCUGGCCUGACUGGGAGACGCAUGCGCCAGGCGUGUUCUGGGGGACACAGAGACUCCUUUUUGGCGCCCGGCCGGAGGGGGGCGGCAUGACCAGCGUUUUGGGGAUCCCUCCCCCCCCCGAGCGUCCCCACAAGGACUCGCUUCUCUGGACAAUUUUUUUACAGUGACUCAGCUGAUGGGGGCAGCCAGGCUGCUGAAUGUACCCGCCCCCCCCCCCGUGCCCCUCUCUGCCCCCUUCCCCCCACGCGGGAGUUUGCUGUCAAAACUGUCUUGUGCCAAAUCCAACCUCAAGGGGCAGCGAGCUAUGUAUCGGGAUGGGGGGCUCAGACUGCCCCCCCCAGAGCAGGGGGGGCUGGGAUUGGCCCCCCUACCGGUUUAACUCUGUGUCUCAAACAAAGGGGGGGAACGCCCCAUAACUCAUCAGCAAUGGGGGCCCCCCCCCGCUGUGGAAUGUAGGCCCCAAAGCUGCCACCCGCUUCCCCCUCUUGGCACCAGACGCCGCCUGACGGAUGGACAGAUGGAGAAGGGGGGGCGUUAUACAGACACCUUUGUGCCCCCCCCCAGGAUGUGCACUGAGGAUGGAGCCCCCACCACCUGCAGCUGGCGAUCAGCUGGGGCCCCGGGAUUCAGCAGGGAGGGGGAAUGAAGGUGGGCGGGGGACAGGAAGAAGGUUUGUCUAAAAGGUCUGACACUCACUGGUUGGUACUGGGGGCCGAGCGGAGACCCUGGGCUGGUGCAGGCGGCUGCUGGGUUAUUACCGGCACUGGAGGGGGGGCAUCACUAGUUUAUACUGGGAACCUGAUGGAGUCGGGGGGGGGGGUUACAGAGCCUGUUGCAGGGGAGGGUCACUGGGUGUAUUUUCUAGUCCUGGGGGCCCACCCCCUGCCUUUGGCCCAUUGGGGUUACAUGGGGUUAAGCAAGGGGCCUUUCCCCUCUAGGGACUACCAGCUCCCAUCUGGGCCCAGGGUGAGGGACUGGCUCACUCAGUGGGGCAGGGAAUGGAACACAGGGGGCCCAUCUACCCAGUAUCCUGCCCCCUCCCUCCCAGAUCAGACCUAUGGGUCCCUCUACCCCAGUGUCCAGCCCCCCUCCCUGUCCCCCCUGGAUCAGACCCAUGGGUCCCUCUACCCCGGUGUCCAGUCCCGCUCCCUGCCCCCCCGGAUCAGAUCCAUGGGUCCCUCUACCCCGGUGUCCUGCCCCCUUGCCCAGCCCUAUCUAGCCUGUGUCAGAAGUGGGCCUGGAUUUCACCGGCAUCCUCCAGCACACGUUUCUGGAUCAGUUUGUCAUUGGGGGGGGGAAUCCACCUGCCCCCCCAAGAACCAAGCCCCUCCCCCCCCAGGCAGCUGCCAAACAAGGCCAGGUCUGUAAAUACGUGGGCACGGGGAGACGUCUGGCGUCUCGCCCGGCGCCGCCUUCGGCCUGCUCCUGAUUUGCCAAAAUGAACAAAGAGAUUAAAAAAGA